AUGGAAACUACACUCCAAACCCAGCAUUCCUCCAAUCGCCAGCCCAGCGCCGACGUCGACUCAAGCGUCAGCGUUUUUAGAUAUGAUUCGAACAACGUCGCUGCAAUCCAAAAUGCUCGAUUACAAAGAAAGCGGGCAGAGGAGGCUGCUCGUCGCCAUGCUGAAGAGAUGGAAGCAGCUGCUAGGAAUCUGGCUAGCGAGAUUGGAAGCAAAGAGCAGGCUGUCAAAGAACUCAUCGCGUUACGUAGUGAGUACGAUGCUUUACAAUCAAAGUAUUCGUCUGUGAAUAGUAGCCUCAAAGGCCUCGAGACUAGCCUCAAGGCAAAAAAUGAUGAGCUGGCCGGAGUUAAAAGGGAGGUAGAAAUUGCUAAAAAGGAAGUUGUCGAUAUACGCAGCGACUGCGAAACCUUGAGGACUUCACAGUCAUCUUCGAAUAAUACCCUCCUGAUUGCGAACAACGAGAAGACGAGGUUAAUGACUCAGAUUAAGGACUUGACUUCUUAUAUGAAUUUCGCCCUAGCAACUAGCAUCAGGGAAAUGGAAUCGCUGCCUUCUAAUACUAAUAAUGGCCUAGAAAAUUGCUUGCCAUCGCGGUAUAACGGUUCAAUGGUCUUCAUUGUCAAUCUAAAAAAUGGAAUGCUCCUCGACCCUCGCAAAGAUUCGGGCACCACAGUACAAUCCUGGACAUACUCAGAAGGAUUUGCGGAUCAGAUGCUCAAGCUUUCGAAGAUAGAUGGCAGUGGUGUUUGGGUUAUUUCUUGCCCGCUCAUGAACAGCAAGAGGUUCUAUUUUGGCUCCGAGGGCCCAUCUGUAGAACUUAAAACGGCCCCGAGUCUUCCAGGAAGUCAAGAUUAUUGGUUUAUCGGUCGUGACAGCUCAUCUUCACAUAAGGGUUCCUGGGUAAUUAAGAAUGUGCAGUUCAAAACGUACAUCGGGCCAUACGAUGGCACUUCAGAAGUUGGAGGGCGCAUUACAUCACACAUAUUUAACCAAACCGGCAAUCCGCAGUGGGCUAUUAUUCCUAUAACCUUCGCGUAG